AUGAAGUUCUUUAUUGACGACCUUCCAGUUCUCUUUCCGUACCCACGGAUAUAUCCAGAGCAAUAUGCAUAUAUGUGUGACCUUAAGAGAACUCUCGAUGCGGGCAGAACUUCCAGUGGAGGCGCGCACUGCGUCUUGGAGAUGCCUUCGGGAACCGGGAAAACCGUCUCGCUGCUAUCAUUAAUUAUUGCAUAUCAACAACAUUACCCAGAGCAUCGGAAGCUCAUCUACUGCUCUCGUACCAUGUCAGAAAUCGAAAAGGCCUUGGCCGAACUUAAGGCCCUGAUGAAAUUUAGGGCUGACGAACUCGGUUACGUAGAAGAAUUCCGUGGGCUCGGCCUGACAAGUCGAAAGAAUCUGUGUCUCCAUCCUUCGGUCAAGAGGGAAAAGAGCGGCGCCAUUGUCGACGCGAGAUGUCGUAGCCUGACUGCUGGCUUCGUCAAAGAAAAGAAGGACAAGGGCGAAAGCGUGGAGACGUGCGUAUAUCACGACAAUCUAGACCUCCUAGAACCGCAUAACCUUAUUCCUAAUGGCGUUUGGACUCUGGAUGGCCUUCUGAAGUAUGGCGAGCAGCACAAGCAGUGCCCUUAUUUCACUUCAAGGCGGAUGAUGCAAUAUUGUAAUGUUAUAAUCUACUCUUAUCACUACCUGCUAGAUCCCAAGAUAGCAGAACGUGUAUCCAAAGAGCUUUCUAAGGAUUGCAUCGUCGUUUUCGACGAGGCCCACAACAUAGACAACGUGUGUAUCGAGUCUCUAAGUACAGAUAUCACUGAAGACUCCUUGCGCAAGGCUACCAGGGGCGCUCAAAACCUAGAACGCAAGAUCACGGAGAUGAAAGAGACAGACCGAGAACAAUUAGAAAACGAGUACCAGAAACUAGUGGAGGGCCUCCGGGACGCCGAUGAGGCUCGGAAGGAGGAUACCUUUAUGGCAAAUCCGGUUCUUCCUGACGACUUGUUAAAGGAGGCAGUUCCCGGAAAUAUCCGGAGAGCUGAGCAUUUCACAGCUUUCCUGAAACGAUUUAUUGAAUACCUCAAGACGCGUAUGAAGGUCCGACAGGUCAUAUCGGAAACGCCGCCGUCAUUCCUAGCACAUCUCAAGGAGCACACGUUCAUCGAGAAGAAGCCCUUGCGCUUUUGCGCUGAGAGAUUAACCUCGCUCGUAAGGACGCUGGAACUUACCAGCAUCGAGGAUUACCAGCCUCUGCAGGAAGUAGCCACAUUCGCAACUCUUGUCGCUACAUAUGAGAAGGGAUUUUUACUCAUCCUUGAGCCUUUCGAGUCAGAUACCGCCGAAGUGCCAAACCCAGUUCUUCACUUCACGUGCUUGGAUGCGGCAAUCGCUAUUAAACCCGUUUUCGAUCGAUUUAGCUCCGUUAUUAUCACUUCCGGUACCAUCUCGCCUUUGGAGAUGUACCCGAAGAUGCUGGGCUUCACUGCGGUUGUUCAAGAGUCAUACGCCAUGACUCUGGCUCGGAGAUCUUUCUUGCCGAUGAUCGUCACCCGCGGCAGCGAUCAGGCAACAAUCUCCACCAGUUUCACAAUCAGAAACGAGCCGAGUGUGGUCCGCAAUUACGGCAACCUCUUGACCGAAUUCGCGAAGAUUACUCCGGACGGCAUGGUCGUCUUCUUCCCUUCUUAUCUGUACAUGGAAUCCAUCAUUAGCAUGUGGCAGGGCAUGGGGAUAUUAGACGAGGUCUGGAAGUAUAAGUUAAUCUUAGUCGAAACACCCGACGCUCAAGAGACUUCUCUCGCACUCGAGACCUAUCGCAUGGCCUGCUGCAACGGCCGAGGUGCCGUUCUCCUUUGUGUGGCUCGUGGUAAGGUAUCAGAAGGUAUCGAUUUCGACCACCAGUACGGUCGAACCGUGUUGUGCAUCGGCGUCCCGUUCCAAUACACGGAGUCGCGGAUCCUCAAAGCCAGACUACAGUUCCUUCGAGAAACCUACCGCAUCCGAGAGAACGACUUCCUAUCCUUCGACGCCAUGCGCCACGCCGCGCAGUGUCUGGGUCGCGUGCUCCGAGGCAAAGACGACUACGGAAUCAUGGUGCUGGCCGACCGCCGGUUCCAGAAGAAGAGGCUCCAGCUCCCCAAGUGGAUUAACCAGGCCAUGCAAGAAGUCGACGGGAACCUCAGCACGGACAUGGCGGUCAUCACGGCGAAGCGCUUCUUGCGGGACAUGGCGCGGCCCUUCAAAGCUAAGGACCAAGAAGGGAUCAGCAUGUGGAGCCUGGAGGACUUGCAGGAGCACCAGAAGAAGGUGGACGAGGAGCGGAUCAAGGAGCUGCAAGAGGAGGACGCGGCUGUCGAGGCUAUGCGUAGGGCACAGGCCUUGCAGGCUAUGCAGAGCUAUAAUGACGACUUCGAUAUGGAUGACGAUGAUCUCGACGAGGGCAUGAUGGAGCUUGAUGCCGCGUGAGCACGUCUGGGAUAGACAGAUGAUCUGUUACUACCUAGUUUUGAUGUUCUGUAUAACACUCAUAUCGCAUUGGAGACCUCUGGUUUCAUAGGCGUUAAAAAUAAGUAGGUAGCCAGUAGUACUGCAAGGCACUAAUAGAUAUCUAAUACAAAAUUGCUAAAGGUUUAGCCUACUUUACUGUUAAG